UGCUAGCAGACAACUUUUAAUUUCCUUUUCUGUUGAACAAAGUAUUUUCUGAAUUGAAGUAAUUUUUAAAAAUUGUGUGUCUUUUUCACAGACUGAUGUAUUUUUUUUCUUUACAACUGUUAGUCAUUUAAUUGCAUCACUCAAUAAAGAACAUACAUCUUCUUCUAGAGGUGGCGUUAUUAAAACAAUUCCUAUAGUGUUAACUAACUUCAUUAAAAGAAGUAGGUUUACAUCAGUAGAGUGGCCAAAGUGUAGACUUCAAUACAGGCAAGAAAAUAUUUAAAGAAAAUGCAAUACACAUUUUAUUCAAAUAUGACUUUUCCCUAUAAACUCUGAGAAUUAAAAUAACAUUUGUAUGAUUUCUUGUUAUGUUUUUGAGUCCCCGUCUCUCUCUCUUUUUGCAAACUCUUCCCCAACAGACUCCAAGCAUGUCAGGACCUUUGAUACAGAAAGCCCUCCUCCACCUGAUUAACUCAUAAUCUCAUUAAUCACUGCAGGUCUUUCGGCCUGUAAUCUCAUUAACCAAUAUUUUUGUUAGAGCUUCCUUUCAAGUGGGAUCUGUAACGCACAGAAAAGCACCCACCAGCUCCUUAUACAAGUUUCACACCUGUUACACUACAAAGAGCAUUUUGGUUUCGGUUCAUAACGACCUGUCACAUUAAGGUCUUUGGAUCAGAGACAUCCCUGCUUUGACGCGUCUCUUCAAAGGACUACAGGCUGAAAAGGCGGGAUUAUAAAACUGUGUUUCAGCAUCCCACGGGGACCAGUCUGCAUCUGCUCGUGAAAGUAUCUUCAUCAUUAAUGGGAACUAUGACCGGUCUCACUGUGGAGUUUGCGUUUUUUCUUCUGGUGGAUUUGGUUUUGAGUCUCUGUGCGCAGCCAUUCCACGGGAUGCUUCCCGACGCGCUGUUCCGAGGGAUGAGGGGUCGGUCCGUCGGCUCCAGACGCGCUGGAAACAGGCUUCCGGUGUACAUGAUGCAGCUCUAUCGGACGAUGAGGACGGAGGAUCGGACCAGAUCUUCGGCAGACAUCAGCAGCAUCGAGAGGGAGGAUAGCCCCGUCCUCCACGAAUCCGACUCAGUGACCAGCCUAGUCGCUAAAAGUUGCUAUCAGAUUAGUGAGAAAUGGUCAGUUAUCUUCGACUUGUCCUCCAUGUCUCCAAGUGAUAACAUCCACCUGGCUGAGCUCCACAUCCGUCAGCAUGCCUUCACAGAGUCUUCCACUGCCUCCAUAGACAUCUAUCACUCCAACUGGGAACGAUGUUCUGUUACGGACUGCUCUGAGAGCAGGCUGCUUCUGGGACGCCUGAGAGCUCAUCCAAGCUCAGUGGUCUCAACCUCAGCAUGGAAAGUAUUCAACACGACCAAGAUGAUCCGCCGCUGGCUUUAUCGGCGACCCCCAGUUCAGAGAAUGGAGGAGGAUGUAACUCAGGUGAAAGAGGAUCAUGAGCAGCAGAGAAUCCAGCACCCAACGGCCAAUAGGGUAAUGAUAGUGGUCUUCUCUAGGCAGAGCCCACGCAGCCAGCGAAUGCCAACACUGAUCCGCACUGCAGAACACUCCAAGUACGUCAACCUGGACAGGGUGCCCACCACCACGAUGAGGAGCCACAGGAAAAAGAGGCAUGGACAGAAAUGGCAGCGGCAGAGAGACGCUGCAAGGGAGGAGGGGAAAAGUGAUCUCUGCAGGACGGAGGACAUGUGGAUAGACUUUGAGAAGUUCAACUGGAGCGAGUGGAUCGUCUAUCCCAAACGGUUCAAUGCUUAUCGCUGUGAAGGGACAUGUCCUACACCUGUAGAUGAGACCUUCGCUCCAACUAACCAUGCAUACAUGCAGAGCCUGUUGAAGCUACACCUACCAGACAAGGUACCAAGUCUGUCUUGUGUGCCCACACGCCUGGCACCACUUUCAAUGCUGUACUACGAGAACGGGAGGAUGGUGAUGAGGCAUCAUGAGAACAUGGUUGUGGAGGAGUGUGGCUGCCACUGAGGACACAAAAAGUGGCUAAAAAAACUACAGGCACUUUCCAUCUAAUCUCAAACUUGGACAAAAGCAAGAGAAAUGAAAUCAGUAGGGAGGUAAUAGCUGGACUUGAGAUGGACUCUAUUAAUAGAAGCACUAUUAGAUUUUUACAAAUACAUCAAGUUGUGCCUUUUAUGCACAAGUUGUACUCAUAUUAUGUUCAGUGACUUAUUUUUUAAUGCCACUGACAAAAUAAGAAUGGUGGACCUGGAAUGUUUAGGUCAUACUAACCCAUCUGUAUGUUUGCUGUGUUUGAUAAUUCAAUAAAUUAAGACAAUUUUGAAUGAGAACUGUUAUGUGUUUUAUUACAAAAAAUAAUUUUAGAACAUUUUGGAUAGGACUGACCCUGUUUCAUCAGCUUUUUCCACCCAAAAAUUCUGGAUUAAGGUUAAUUUUAAUACUAAUGUAUUUUGCAUAAUGAAUGUAUUUUUUUGUAUUGCAAUAUAUGACUGGGUUAUGUAAAAAAAGCUCUACCCUGAAAUCAUCAACUAGCCUCUCAUAUUGGUCAGUUUCAGCGGUGAGAUGUUUCUUAACUCAGCCAGCCCUUGGUGGAUAUACUAGUGUGUUUUGGGUUAAUGAUGUAUUGCAGUGUCCAGUUUUGCUUCAGCUAAUCUUUUGUAAUGGUUGCACAUUUUCUUCAAGCACUUUCUGAUGUAUAGUAAGAAAAAAAAAAACAUCACAGAAAAGAAACAAUAGUUUAGUUUUGGUUAAAGAAUGCAUUAACAGUGACUUUUAAUGAUGUUCACAGUAAAAAAAAAGUUCAAAGCUCUAACAUAUAUAUUUUUUACAAGCUUAUAGUUUGUAAAAACUAUUAGCUUAUUAUGUAACAUUUUGCAGCCAAAAAAUAUUUUUAUUUUACCAUCUUGGUAGAGGUUUCAUUUUUCAUUAAAAAAUGCAUGAAAUUAUUCUAAAAUGAUCUUGGAAAUUAAGGAACAAACAACUGAUGAGUGACAAUAAAAUUCAGUCAUAUAUUAAGAAAACCUCUGCUGAUAAUUUAUGUAACUUCACAAUCACUUAGUGUUCAAGCAACUGCAAGUAAUGCAAAUAAAUUGACUUGAAAUUGACAAACACAACGGGAUCUCAAAGUAUGGAACUUGUGUCUGCUGCCCUCAUGUGGCCAUAAAAGUUAUCACAGAUUGCAAAACUAGGUUCCCAACUAGACUAGUCCUAUUAAUAGACUUCAUAUCAUAUUAUUUUCAAAGUAAACAUAAGUCACA